AGAUGAACAAACGAGAUUGGAAAUGAAGCACAGAAAAGAAGAGGACGAUUUAUACAGGAAAUUCGCAAGACAAAGAGAAGAAGAAGACAAAAGAAUGAAGGAAGAGUUCAGGGACGAGUGGGAGAAGGAACUGGAGAGACUGACAGAUCGUUUCGAGAGAGAAUUACAGACAAAGAGGAAACAGUCGGACGCCAAAGUGUUGACAUUGAGGUUGCAACAAGAACGGUUAGAUCUGGAGAAGAACAUGACCAUCCGAAGAGACAAGAAAAAGGAAUCGCUGACGAGGAAGCUGCUGGAGCAUGAGAGGGCAGCGACAGCGGCACUCGUAGAGAAACAGUCUCGUGAGAUGUUGGAGCUCAUCAAUGAGAAGCGUAGUGAGUACAUGAUGGCGGAGUCCCUGUACCUGGACGAAGGGGAAGGGUACGCGGAGGAAUCUCUGAUGCCGUACCCUAGUCAAGCCCCCCUGCCAGCGCCCCCCCUCGUCAGUAAGUUCCAGAUAUACAACGAUCCCUUGGAGUUCGCACACAUCGACCAGAUUGCCAUCUCGGUAGCACAAGAAGAUCAGAAGACGUUUACAGAUCUAGUCCGCCAACUUGUAGGAAGAUGUGGUUCCGACAUAGAGAAAGCAAGAACAAUAUUCCGAUGGAUAACAGUCAAGAACCUGAACACGAUGACGUUUGAUGACAAUCUACGAGGAGACACGCCAAUGGGACUCUUGCGAGGGAUCAAACAUGGAACAGAGAGUUAUCAUGUUCUCUUCAAACGCCUUUGCAGCUAUGCAGGAUUACACUGUGUGGUUAUCAAAGGUUACUCCAAGUCAGCCGGUUACCAGCCGGGCGUAAGGUUUGAGGACAACCGGUUCCGUAACUCAUGGAACGCUGUGUACGUCGCUGGCGCUUGGAGAUUUGUCCAAUGCAAUUGGGGCGCCAGGCAUCUAGUCAAUGCUAAGGAAGUGCCUAAAUCAGGCGGAAAAGGGGGAAAAUCUGAUAGUUUGAGGUAUGAAUACGAUGACCACUAUUUCUUAACAGAUCCUAGAGAAUUCAUCUACGAGUUUUUUCCUCUUCAGUCGGAAUGGCAGUUGCUGAAGAACCCAAUCACUCUGCAGGAAUUUGAAGAACUUCCGUUUGUGAGGUCGCUGUUUUUCCGUUACGGACUUUACUUUCCCGACACCCACACCAAAGCUGUAAUGUUCACCGACGCUACAGGCGCAGCAACUGUACGGAUUGCGAUGCCCACAAAUAUGCAGUCCAGUCUGAUAUUCCACUAUAACCUCAAGUUUUACGACAGUGACGGAGACAGUUACGAUGGUGUUAGCCUAAAAAGAUUUGUGAUGCAGUCUGUGGUUGGAAACAUUGUGGCGUUCCGUGUGCACGCGCCCAGUAGUGGUGCGUUCCUGUUGGACAUCUUCGCCAACGCAGUCACGCCCAAAGAAUACCUCACAGGUGAACCGAUGAAGUUCAAGAGUGUUUGCAAGUUCAAGAUAGCUUGCGAGGAGUUACAAACUGUGAUGGUUCCAUUACCGGAUUGCGCCAGUGGAGAGUGGGGUCCGACUAAAGCAACCAGACUGUUCGGACUUAUACCAAUUACGCACCAGGACGCACUGGUGUUUGCUGGUAGAGAGCUGGAGCUCCAGUUCCGAAUGUCCCGCCCGCUCACUGACUUCAUGGCGACGCUUCACAAGAACGGAGUGGAAGAGAAGAGGCUGUCAAAGUUUGUGUCUCACGUUGUUUCAGACGACGAUAUUGUUACCUUCUUCAUAACAUUCCCCGAGGAAGGACAGUACGGAUUGGACAUCUACACCAGAGAAAUGGGUGGUGGGAGUUCGGAAGCAACGGGGGAAAAACACCUGCUCACUCAUUGUUGCAAAUACCUCAUCAACAGCUCAAAAAGAAACUAAUCUUUUAAUCUCUGCGGCAUUGUUGAUGAUGUCGCAGUGGAAAAGUGUAUAAGUCCCAUGGCUAAUAAGUUUAACCCUUGACUAACAACUCUUUUAUUCCCAAGAGAAAUUGUCAAAAGUGUUGGCGACAAAAACAAAUUGUUGUGCUUGUUGUAUUUGACGAUUUUGUGAAGCAAAUAAUGUAGAAGUGUUUCUGUAUUAUUACCAAUUUUAAUUUUACAGAGGGAUCUUAUUUUCGUAACUGUGUCCGAACUUGGGGUAUUAAAGCAGUUACUUGAGUUUUUGUAAUUUGUGAAUUAGUAAUUUUUUUAUACAAAAUUUGAUUUUGGCCAAAUGGUGUUAUUCAGAAUUGAAAGCAGGGGGUAAAGACUCUUAGGUAUUAAUUCAAGUUUUAAUUUAAAUAACUGUCAAGAUAACUUAACAAAUUCAAUUUCUUAUUCUUUGUUAAAAAUGUGUUAUUUCCUGAAUCCUAGAUCUCCUCUAGUGAUUUGAACUAUCUUUAAUAUCUUUAUAAUACUUAAUAGUGGCUGAUUUUAGUUGAUGACCGUGGUAACUUAUCAUAUAUUUUAUGUUUGAGUAACAUGUUGAAAUUCUAUAGUUAUUUUAAAUUUUAUAAGUUACCACUUGUUCUGUUAUCACAAUUUGUUUGAGAAGUUUAGGUCAAUAAAACAACUUGAAUAAUUAUUUUGGUGAUUAUUUGUUAUAUGUUUAAUUUGAAAUAUAUUUUAAGUGAUUUUUUAUCAAAGAAUGUUUUACAUAACAGAUAAUAUUGUAACAGGUUUAUAUUUCAAUAAAUAAAGAGUAGAUUAAUCAACUACAAUUAUUUAAUGUAUUUGUAUUUGACUAUAGUACUAUGUUUCAAAUUUCUGUACAUUUGAGUGCAUGGAUUACCCCAAAGCUAUUGUUAGGAGAACUUAAUUAUUUAAGAUGUGUUAAUAGUGUAACUAAUGCUGUAUAUAGAAAAAUAAAUCGAUCAUAAUAUAUUGUAAUUUUCCCAAGCAAUAUUGAAAUAUACAAGCAGAUUUUUCUUAAACCCUAAUUAUUGAACAUUUUGAAAUAGUACGUUUGUAAGUUUGUCACUUGACAAUAAAAGUUUAGUUGUAGAAAAUAGGAUGUAUUGAGAGUUAACGGUACAAUAAUAAUCAGUUAAUGUUAAAACAAUUUGUAAAUAAUAAUAAUACAUAUUAAGAAAAGAAACAAAAGAUAUUUAUAGAAAACAUAGGUUUUUUAGCUACUGUUAUUUAUCUGCUUGUAUAUCAUACAUUUGCUUUUAUUUAUAUAUUUUGUACAUUAUGAACAAAGGGCAAAGCAUUUUAAUGCUGCCAGUGAUCAGUAAAAAAAAACUACUUCUUGAUGAUUGACAACGAAUAAAUAUUUAAACUGUGCCUAAAACAUUCAGUCUUAACUAAUCCAUUUAAUCAGUCUAACUUAAAAUAACCUAGAGUUUGGAGCAAAAUAAUUAAUAAUCCUACCAAAGUUCACAGAAUAGUUUCAAGCUGCAAGGUUUCAAUAAAAAUAUUGUAUAGUCAGUUUCACUAUGAGACAUACCUUAAAAAAAGAUUAAUAAACUCCUCACCACUGACUUUGCAUAGGCUACUUAAAUAUCAAUGGAUUGGUGGAAACCUUUAAUUUUAUAGGUAUUUUGAGCUAUUUAUUUAAUUUAUCACUCAAUUAAGCACAGUGCAUUCAGUUUCAAGAACAACCUAUGUACACUAGCACGAUUUAUUGUACAAAUAAAUAGUCAUAUUGUAAUGUU